UCAGAUUAUAUCUGCUCCCUUCAACAUCUGGAACACCACUGGAGAGGAUGUCAUUUUCGGUUGCGAGAUCUUUGCUUAUCCAAUGGCAGCUAUUGAAUGGCGGAAAGACGGAGUGGACACUUUCCUGCCAGGUGAUGACCCCCACAUCUCUGUGCAGUUUCGAGGAGGUCCAUUUAAAUAUGAAGUGACCGGUUGGCUCCAGAUCCAAGCAAUUCGCAGCACGGAUUCAGGAGUGUAUCACUGUUCUGCAAGGAACAAACUGGGAGAAGUGUCGGCAGCCGCCAGACUGACUGUUAUCUCACCGGAUCAGAUAAGCGAGAUUGAAACUCCAUGGAGGCAGCCUCUGCAGCUCGUAGAGGAUUAUUCCGAUGAUUAUUACUGAGGAAGAAACUUUGCAAAGUGGGCUAAACACACUCAAUGUGGAGACACCAGUCCAUCAG